CUUUUGUGCACGUCAUUCUUGAUCCUGGUUCAUCGGGCCCCACACCACCGAGCCUUCGUCCUCCCAAAAUCACGAUAAAGCCCGGCCCUCGGACACCCCGAGAUGCACCCCCCGCCAAGCCAUGUUUCAUUCCUCCUCCUCCUCCUCCUCUGCCUCCUUCGUGGACCUCGACCUUUUGCCUCAGAGCUGCUGCCCCGCCGCGUCGCAUGCCAGCGACGCCGCCACCACCCGUGGCCACUUCGACGGGAAUUCCCCCACCCACCCUCCUCUCCUCUCCCCAUCUCCUCCCUACUCCUCCUCCGCCCCGUCUAAUUACUGUCUCUCCAGAAGUAGCAGCUCUCGCUCGCUUCCUCUCCACCACCACCACGGCUUCGUUCACUCCCACCCGCUGCCCUUCCUCUCUUCUCUCCAGAAUCACCACCGGCAGCAGCAGCCACCUUUGACGCUGCUCACCUCGUCGUCCCCGCCCCCCACCUCACGCAACUUCAUCGACUCGGAUGCAGGUCCAGUGAGGCACGUCUUGAGCACCGGGAACAUCCAGGGGAUGGGCGGUGUCCUGGCUUCAGGGGAGAAGUACAACCAGGAAGGACGCGAAAUUGUCGGGAGAGUGGGGCGGUACAGCGGCCAGGAGAGGAAGGAGAGGAUCGAAAGGUACCGGAGCAAGCGAAACCAGAGGAAUUUCCACAAGAAGAUCACCUACGCAUGCAGGAAGACGUUUGCCGACAGCCGGCCGCGAGUCAAGGGUAGGUUCGCGAGGAACGGCGAUCGGGAAGCGGAGACGGAACCAGAGGCCUCGCAGAGCAGCUAUGUGGGCAAUGACAGUUGCGAGCAGGCCCAGGGCUGCAGCGGAGUGGGCGAUGACAGUGACUGGUCGAGGGAAAUGCAGGCGGAGCUGGCGGCGGACGAGGAGGCCAAGUUCUUCACUGACGAGGACCUGUGGGCCGUCUUUUCGGUGAAUCUUCUCGAGUGAGGGACAGAGAAAGACAGAAAUAGAAGACAAUUGAUGGUGGGGUUUGAUCGCCACAUAGUGGGAGCCGCAAGUACAAGUAAUAUAUGUUGUAGGUGUGUGUUGCGUCCGGGUGCGGCAGCAGCUCACGGUUUGAAUCAUA